AUGGAGGCUACAGCAGCAGCGGCCGCCGCGGCGCUCAGGUCGCCCACCGCCGCCGCCGCGCCCUCGCGGCGUGUCGCCGGCGCGAGGUCGCUUCCCUUCGAACGGAGGCGCAGCUUCGCCCUCGGCUCCGUCAAGGGUCUCGGGCGGCAGCAGCUGACAUCUAGAAGGCGAAGCAGUCUCAUCAGGGCGUCUUCGUCGCCGUCGGAGUCUCUGCCGUCCUCCUCCCCCAUCGCGCCGCUGCAGAUGGAGUCGCCGAUAGGGCAGUUCCUCUCGCAGAUUCUGGUCACGCACCCGCACCUGCUCCCCGCCGCCGCUGAGCAGCAGCUCGAGCAGCUCCAGACCGUCCACGACGCCGCCGGGAAGGAGGGCGGCGGCGACAAGCCGGCACCACCGCCAGGUGGCGACAUCGUCCUGUACAGGCGAAUUGCUGAGGUUAAGGAGAAGGAACGGAGAAGGACGACAGAGGAGAUACUGUACGCGUUGGUUGUUCAGAAGUUUGUUGAAGCUGGCGUCUCUUUGGUCCCAGCUCUCUCUCACACCAUUGAUACUUCUGGUAGAGUUGAUCAGUGGGGAGAGCAUGUGGAAGGGAAGCUUGAGCGCUUGCACUCACAGGAGGCAUAUGAAAUGAUCGAGAACCACUUGAAUCUCAUAUUGGGGCAGCGGCAGGCUGAUGCCACCGUCGCAGCCAUAAGUAAGCUCAGGGUUGGCCAAGUCUACGCCGCAUCAGUGAUGUAUGGGUAUUUCCUCAAGAGGGUCGAUCAGAGGUUUCAGCUCGAGAAGUCCAUGAAGAACCUCCCUUGGGGAUCAGAGGAUGCGCUCAAUCAAGUUAUGACGACCGACUCACGGCCCUCGGCUCAGACUUACACUUCUCACCCAGAGGUGGAGGAGUCCUGGACCUCCUCUGACGAGCUCAGCGCGCAAGGGCUUGGCCAGUCUGUCAAGCCUUGCCGUCUUAAGUCAUAUGUCAUGUCAUUUGACCCAGACACAUUGCAAACUUACGCGACAAUCCGGUCAAAGGUGGCAUUUGGCAUCAUCGAGAAGCACACGGAGGCACUAUUUGGGAAGCCGGAGAUUGUGAUUACUCCAGAAGGAACAGUCGAUUCUUCCAAGGAUGAGCAUGUCAGGAUAAGCUUCUCAGGAUUGAGAAGGCUGAUCUUAGAGGCUGUUACUUUCGGAUCCUUCCUUUGGGAUGUCGAGAGCUACGUGGAUUCGAGGUACCAUUUUGUCACCAACUAAGUUGGAACCAAAUAGUGUAGAUUCAUGGCUAUGUGUUUGGUCUGAAGUUCAUAGGCUUUGCUGAAGACUGUUGUACAAUGGAAAUUACCCCGUGUUGUAUGCUGAGAAACAUAUGAUUCUGGCAUCACAACAUUGUAAAGUGGAAAUGUCAUUUAGACUGAUAUCUAGCUACUAAGAUUUUUUAA